AUGCUUGAGAUUCAACCAUAUCGUAUAAUUGGUCAAGCUUUACAACAAGCAGUUCAAUAUCUUAUUGAUACAAAUGUACCUUUACAUUUUCAUAAUAUCUAUUCACCGGAGACACCAAAUACAAUUACAGUUUCUCUCCGACCGACCAUAGCAGCCAAACGUCUCGUUCUUAAACGUCAAAUAUCUUUACUUGAUUAUCUAAUAAUCGAAAUUCUUCAUCAUUAUGUGCACAGUUCAUUGUCAACAAAAAGUUCGUCCAUAACUGAAUCGAAGCCAACACUUUUGGAGUCGGUCUGGCAACAUAUUUUAACAUAUUUUAUUAUAAAUGAAUGUUCACCAUUAGCACUUUCAACAGCAACAAAUACAACGAAUUCAUCUGUAUCAUCAUUAAUAAAAGAUUUUAGUUUCUGGUCGGAUGAACAAGCGUACACAACAUUACAACGAUUUAUUAAAAUUAGUGCUCAAUGUGCUGAUCAUGGACCAGAACCAACGAAAUAUGCACAUGCAAAUGAAUAUUUAAUUUCGGUACUUCAAAAAAUGGCUACAACUGGCUUUCUAUUUCCAAUGUAA